CUUCGCAUUUCUCAGUCUGCGGAGAUAGCCCCCAUCGAGAGAGAGAGAGAGAGAGAGAGAGAGAGAGAGAGAGCUGCUGCUGCUUGGGGGAAUUGAGAAUGUCGUUUAUAGCGAGAGCGGUGCGGGUCCCACCGAACUCGGCAACACUGGAAGAAGCGAGGAAUCGGACGUUCAAUUUCUUCAAGGCGGCCUGCCGAUCGAUUCCGACCAUCAUGGAUAUCUACAAUCUCGACGACGUCGUCACCGUCUCCGAACUCCGUAGAUCCAUCUCCUCCCAAAUCCGCAAGAACGCCCACAUCACAAACCCCAAGGUCAUUGACAUGCUUCUCUUCAAAGGGAUGGAGGAACUGAACAACAUUGUCGAACACGCGAAGCAACGGCACCACAUCAUAGGCCAGUAUGUUGUUGGGAGCGGUGGGCUUGUUCACGACCGGGGCACGAAAGAUGAGGGGAGCUCGGAAUUUCUGAAACAGUUCUACACCAGUAAUUAUUUCUAGAACUGAAAGAUGAAAACCCAAUGCAUGUUGCUCUCUUUAAUUUGUAGUUUUCUUGUCAUUUUGCUUUGAUGGGUCUGAUUUACUUUUGGUAUUAGACCAGAAAAAAUAAGAUCCCGAAACCCGCCCAGCUUAAAAUUUGUAUGUUGUGUUGGAGAGAAUCAUGCUGAAAUUUCUUCUUCA